GGGACUAUUUUGUGCUCAAAACCUGUAAUACAGUGGACACGGCAAUAUAUGACUUGUUUAUACAACAGCACAUGGAUUUGAAAGUUAUAUGAGUCUAAAAUGCAUAAUCGGGAUUUAGUAAUUCAUUAGUAUGUUUCAAUUUGAACAACAAACUGUGUUAAACAUCAAUAUAUCUAUGUUUAUGAAGCUUUUAUGUUUAUUUAAAAUACAAAUGUACUUAUCUCUAUAGUAACCUAAAAUUUAUCAACGAAACCAUUGGAUUAUAGGUCGUUUUUAUCUAUCAACUGUUUGAACAGCCCUGUAAUAAAAACGAAGAACCAGGUCAAACUUUAAGUAUCACAGAUUAAGAUUAUAGUGUAAAAUGUUUCUUAUUUCGUGACAGAAGCACGCGUUGCAACGUUGGCGUUUGUUUCAACGUACAUGUAUAUAUUUAUAUUUGAUGUAUAAAAGUUUGGCUAAACAAAAAUGUCAUCGGAAAGGAAUUACAGUUUUGAGACGGGGCAGAAAAAUACAUUUUCUGUUGUGGAUUAUGUGAUUUUUGGAGCAACAUUGGGAAUUUCGACGUUUAUUGGAUUCUUUUACGCCAUCAAAGACCGUAAGAUUUCGGACACCAAGUUGUUUCUGCUUGCAGGCGGGAAAAUGAAUUUUGUGCCGGUAUCUAUGUCACUGUUAGCAAGUUUUAUGUCGGCAAUAACUCUGCUCGGAACGCCGGCGGAAAUGUAUAAUUACGGAACAAUGUACUGGUGGAUUGGUCUUUCUUACGCCGGUUCUGUUGCCAUGGCAGCUCAUAUAUACGUCCCCAUCUUCUACAAUCUAAAAAUAACUUCAUGUUACGAGUACCUUGAAAAAAGAUUUAGUCGUGGUGUACGACUGAUGGGCACAUGUAUCUUUUCACUUCAAAUGAUUAUCUACAUGUCUAUUGUCUUGUAUGGACCAUCUUUAGCACUUAAUGCAGUGACGGGCCUAUCUUUGUGGGGAGCAGUAGUGUCUGUUGGAAGUCUUUGUACAAUAUAUACAGCAGUGGGCGGUAUGAAGGCUGUACUAUGGACAGACACGUUUCAGACAACGAUGAUGAUAAUCGGACUACUCGCCACACUUAUACAAGGCUGCAUAGAGAUGGGUGGUUUUACAAAUGCUUGGCAAAUUGCCAAGGAUAACCAGAGAGUUUAUUUUGAUGAUUUUAGCUUCGAUCCAGGGGUGCGCCACAGCUUCUGGGCGUUAACAAUUGGAAGUGCUUUUCUGUGGGGGAGUGUAUAUGGGACAAAUCAGGCCCAGGUACAACGGUCGCUCUCCUGUGGCACGCUGAGAGAUGCUCAAAUAGCUCUGUGGAUAAAUUUCCCCGGACUCUGUGUUAUACUGAUGCUUGCAUGUUUGGUCGGUGUGGUCAUGUAUGCGUUCUAUAGCACGUGCGACCCAAUAAAAUUUGGACUUAUUAUGGCCUCUGACCAGCUUUAUCCACUGUUUGUAAUGGAUCUUCUCAGUCACGUCCCGGGGGUGCCGGGCCUCUUUGUGGCAUGUAUAUUUAGUGGUACCCUCAGCACAAUAUCGUCUGGUUUGAACUCAUUGUCGGCUGUUACACUUACUGACCUAAUUAGACCUUUGUCACCAAACAUGUCCGAAUCUAGAGCAACAAAUAUUUCCAAACUAAUUGCACUUUUGUACGGUAUUUUAUGCCUUGGACUGACUUAUGUGGCAUCCAAGCUUGGAAAUAUUCUGCAAGCGGCGUUGUCACUGUUUGGAAUGCUGGGAGCACCUAUGUUGGGACUCUUUACAUUAGGCAUGAUAUUUCCGUGGGCAAACUCCAAGGGGGCAUUUGCGGGAACGUUUGCUAGUUUAAUAAUGAUGAUGUGGAUAGGUAUAGGCGCCUAUAUUACCAAACCGGUUUCCUGGAGACCUCCAAUAAGUUUAGAAGGCUGCAACUGGAAUCUUUCAAGAACUUUAUCUUCAAUUAAUUCAUCUCUAGCAAUCUCAAACACUUCAGAUCUUACAUCAGUAAAUUCUGGAUUUAAUCAAUCAAAUAUAAUCAAAGGAAUCACAAAAAGUCCACCAGAAGGUAUAGACAGAUUGUAUACGUUGUCGUAUUUAUGGUACAGUGCCACUGCUUUAGCGAUAGUCGUUAUCGUCGGGAUGGUGGUUAGUGUAAUUACAGGUCGUCAAGAUCCAAAGAAAAUCGACGCCCGACUUAUAUGUCCUUUAUUUGACGUAAUUUUCCCGUUUCUGUCUGAAAAGAUACGAAAACCACUGCGAUUUGGAGUUAAACAUGAAGGGAAAUACAACCAAGAACCACGACACACCCAGACACCUUUGAUGGAAAUUAAAGACGGAGAAAUACAACUACCUAGUGUAGAGAUGGAACUGGAGUACCAUGCCAAACAUGACGAAUUAAAGGAGAAGAAAACAUUAUUUAACUGUUUUAAAGAUUGAUAGUGUAUAUUCUGUCUUUAAUCAAUGAUUUUGCCACGCUUUGUAUUUGGAACAGUCCAUUUAAAUUGUGAAGGAUUUCUGGUAAGAUUGGACGGAUGGAUGUACAGGCUGGUCUGGCUCUACACUGGUGGAAAAAGGGAAUCACCUUUUUGUUCCAGCAGGGAGAAGUUUUUAAUGUUAUGGUAAUUUAUACCGGGUUAUAAAAAUUGUAAAUAUUCAAACAUAUUCAAACAAGUAAAUGUCCUUGAAUACCAUAUCGAAGUACAUAAAAAUAGAGUAACAGUGUGGACAAAAGCAAAUUUUUGCUAGCGGUAUCAUACACAUAAAACAGUUAAAACUAUCAACGUUUGGGAUUUGGGGUAAAUGCCCCCUGACUCCGUCAUCCCCACCACCAUCACCAAAGAAAACAGACAUUUCUUAGCAGUUUAAUUCUUGUUAGUGAAUCAGUGAGUCAUUGGCUGGUUACAAAAAUCGUACCAAAAUGACUCACGUGUAGGGCAGCUAUAUUUAAUGCAUGUACAUUUUCUAACACAUGAAUGUAUUGGUAUAUUGUCGAUGUCUAAUUUCAAAAGAAUUCAAUAAACAAUACAUUGUACAAGACGAGUUUUUGUUUGACAAAAAUCAACGUAGACUUAAUGUUUAAAAUUUUAUGGACCUACAUUCAUAUUUCUACAUUAAUCCACUAUACUCAUUCUUCAAUGAUAAUACAAAAUACCAAAACGCCUGAUAUCUUUUUACAAAGGUAUAUCAACUUUAUUGCUAUUUUGUAGUUUGUAGGAACAUAUGGGAGACAUUAAUUCCUGUACUUCAAUAAUAAAUUUUAUUUUGACGAGCAAUAUUUCAUUUGAUUUUUUUCUCGUUCCCAUUUGUGGCCAAAUUAAAACAAUUGGCCGCGGUUUCUUUGUGCAUGAGUACUUUUUCUGCAUGAAUAUGAUUUCCAUUCUUUGUAACUUCGAAAACAGUGUUAAUAAAUGGUUUGAAAAUUUGACAAACGCUACGUGAAAAUGCUUAUAAUGUUGCCAAAUUGCUUUAUUUGAUUAUUUUAUAGAUAAGCAGCUGUCAAGUAUACAAAUACUAUUAGCUACAAGAUUUACAAAUAAGAAUUGACUUUACAAACGUACAGUAUAAAUAAAAAGUCUUUAGUCUGAUAUCUUUUCCGCAAUUCAG